UGGUCAUCAGUGGUCUGUGGCCUGUGCUCAUUACUACAGAGAGCUCUUUAAAAAUGUGGUGAACAUUUUAAACGAUUUUCGCGCAAAAAAGCAGAACGUCGAUCGUGAGACUCGUGACUCGUGUUCAAGCGUGCAAUGUGCUUGGCCAAAUUAAUUAUAUCGCUAUACUAGACGUGUAGGGGAAGUCCGAGUCAGUGUUUAACCUUAUCUUACAAGAGUAGUCAGCAGAGGGCAGACGCCGGACAGCUGUCAGCACUUCACUCGGUAGUCUGGUUAAUCUAUUAUAUGGUGGUCGUGGCACUGUGGCACUCGUUUAGUGUGGUUGUGGUAUACUAGUGUGUACUAAGUACGAAGGCUCGAACGGUCGAACGUGAAAGAUUUAGAUAGAUAGAAAACAGCAGUCAUGAAGUGUUCCGACUGUGGUUCUCUGAACCUCGAUUCCAGUGAUGGACCAACAGUAUGCAUGGAUUGUGGUGGAGUCAUGGACGAAUCACAUAUCGUCUCUGAAGUCCAAUUCGAAGAAACUGAUCAUGGAUCUCGUGCUGUUGGACAAUUUUUAUCAUCUGAUUCUCAAGCUGCUAAUUUCCAUAACUUUGGCAGUGCUUUCCACCAUGGCAUGAAGCAACCAUCUCGAGAAAUGACUCAAGCCAAAGCUAGGCGUGGUAUACAAGUAUUAAGCAACAGUCUCAACCUUAGUCCUCAAACCUUGGAAAAUGCUUGUGUCUAUUACAAUAUGGCAUUGAAAAGGCAUUUCACUCGAGGCAGAAAGAAUGCCUUAAUCUAUGCAGCAUCUGUUUACAUAGCGUGCCGUAUGGAAGGCACUAUGCACAUGCUACUGGAUGUAGCUGAUGCUAGUGAAGUUAAUGCAUUUGAGCUUGGAAAGACUUACCUGAGAAUGAUGCAAACAUUGACCCUGACAGUGCCAAGUCUUGAUCCUAGUAUUUUCCUUAUGCGUUUUGUUAAUUCUCUGGAUUUUGGUGAUAAGACCCAUAUUGUGUAUACGACAGCAAUGCGACUACUACAAAGAAUGAUGAGGGACUCAAUUCAUACAGGUAGAAGACCAUCCAGUUUAUGUGGAGCAGCUUUAUUAAUUUCAGGGCGUAUGCAUGAUUUUAACCGUACCACUGAUGACAUUAUUAAAGUUGUUCACUGUCAUCAUGCCACUUUAAAGAAACGAUUAUUGGAGUUCAAAGACACACCAUCUAGUAUGUUGUCAAUAGAAGAGUUUAUGACUGUUGACUUGGAAGAAACUCAUGAUCCUCCAUCCUAUCGAGUAGCUCGCGCUAGAGACAAGGAGCGCAUCGACAAGUUUUUUGAAGCAAACGAUAGUGAAAAAGUGAUUGAUGAAGUAAAAACUGCAAUUGAAAAAGAACUAAGCAAGAAAAAAAAUACUACAGUUUUAGGUGUCAACUUGGUUGAAAUUGCAGCAACAGCAUCCCCUGAACCAGGAGGCAGUUGCAAACCUGUUAAUGUAGGGCCUUCGUUAGAAAUUAUGGGUUUAUCUGAAAAUAAACGAUCUUAUGAGGAUGACGACGAAGAGGACUCAUUGUGUGAUGUUGAAAUAGAUGAAGAUGAAAUAGAUUCUUAUAUUCUAUCCAAGGAAAGCCAUCAACUCAAGAGAAAUAUGUGGAUGAAAAUGCAUGGUACCGCUUUCAGAAAGAUGCAAUUGAGCAGGGAAGAAAGAGCUAAGAACCCAAAGGUUAUCAGAGCCAAGGAAAAUAAAGCUAAAAAUUCAUUACGAACUCCAGCAAAGACAGCAGCUGAAGCUGUAGAACGAGUUUUGAAAAAGAAAAAGCUAUCAUCAAAAAUCAAUUAUGACAUACUUGACAAUCUUGAUAGUUUUGUUAAUUCUGAUUCCUCGUCCUUACCUGGACUGUAA